AUGCCGGGGUGUGGUAGGUUUGGACUUGAAAGAAGUCUGGCUGGAGCAUCGCUCACAGAUCUCGGCCUCGGCAGUAGUCCUGGUCUAUGGGUGGAGUCAGAUUUUUUCACAUUCUGCGUCCUGUGGAUGAAUAAGAAAGAAGAUGAAGACUUGGAAGGCGAUCAAGGUCUUCAAAUGUUGAAAGUAAAAGCAAAGAAACGCAAAGGCAGAGUCUUCGGUGGAGAGGGACCAACACGAAGUGGUGUUGAUCAUUGUGAGGGUAUGGAAGUGGAUUACGAUGAGUCUGAAGGGCCCGGACCACAAAGAUUUGUAGAAGGUUGGAUCCUUUUUGUCACUGGUGUACAUGAAGAAUCACAGGAAGAUGAUAUGUAUGAAAAAUUUGGAGAAUAUGGGGAAAUUAAAAACUUACACUUAAAUCUUGACAGACGCACAGGGUUUCUCAAGGGUUAUGCUUUAGUUGAGUAUGAAACAUUUAAAGAAGCUCAGGGUGCAAUGGAUGCUCUAAAUGGAAAAGAAAUGUUGGGUCAGAAAAUAAAUGUGGAUUGGGCUUUUGUUCGAGGUCCAAGAAAAGACAUGUCAAGGAAAGAUGACAGGCGGCGGAGGUAG